GAAUUCAACUUGGAAAUAGUUUGCGGUUCAUUGGAGCAUUCUGCAAGAGAAGUCUAUACAAUAUUCAUCAACUGUUUGUCCAUACUUGAUGUACUAUACUGCAGAGCAGUGAUGUGUAUUAAUUGAAAUUUAUAACCACUGGUGAAAUAACAAGGUAAAUAAAUUCACGAUAGAAAUAGUUUGCGGUUCAUUGGAGCAUUCGGCAAGAGAAGGGCAUACAAUAUUCAUCAACUGUUUGUCCAUACUUGGUGUACUGCAGAGCAGUGAUGUUUAUAAACUGAAAUAACCACUAGCGAAAUAACAAGAUAUCAACAUGGGAAAAGGAGGUAAAUUGAAUGAAGAAAAGAAAACUUAUUCAUGGGACGAAAUAUCAAGACAUGACAAGAAAGACGAUCGGUGGCUUGUAAUUCAAGGAGAUGUCUAUAACAUCACUGAUUGGUCCAACAGACAUCCUGGUGGCAGUCGUGUUAUAGGUCAUUAUGCAGGGCAAGAUGCAACAGACGCAUUUCGAGCAUUCCAUAAUGAUAUAGACCAUGUGAAAAAAUAUCUAAAGCCGUUAAAACUGGGUUGCGUUGAACAAAACCAAGAUAGAAGCAUCGAAGAAGAUUUUAGGAAUUUACGUUCAACAGCUGAACAAAUGGGGUUGUUCAAGACAAGCUACGUGUAUUUUGCUGUGUAUUUGAUACAUAUAAUUGUUAUAGAAGUUUUAUCCUAUCUAACGCUUUACUAUUUUGGUACUGGUUGGGUUCCUCUUCUGACUUCCAUACUUCUGUACGGAAUUGUGCAGGCUCAAAGCGGAUUUCUAGCACAUGAUUUUGGUCAUUUAUCUGUAUUUCACAACACAGCUUUAGACCAUUUCUUUGAGUAUUUUUUACUUGCCUAUAUGAAGGGAGUUUCACCACUAUGGUGGAAUCAUAUGCAUUUUCAGCACCAUGCAAAACCAAAUGUGAUGGGGAAAGAUCCCGAUGUUAGACUAGAUACGUUUAUGGUUGUGGGAGAUGUCAUGCCAGUGGAAGUUGCUAAAUCUAGGGAAAAAUCCAUCCCAUUUGAUUUACAACACAAGUAUUUCCCAGUACUCGGUCCACCAUUACUGUUUCCUGUAUAUUUCCAUUUCACGAUUUAUAGGCAUGUUUUUACAAGAAAACUAUGGCUGGAUCUUGCAGUCAUGCUUCUCUUCAACUUGAAAUUUUUGUUGAUUUUUGUACCCCUGCUCGGAUGGGGUUGGACACUUUUCUAUUACGAAGCAUUUAGGGUAGUGGAUUCAAUGUGGUUUACAUGGGUAACUCAGUCGAAUCAUAUACCAAUGCAUAUUGAACAUGAUGAUAAGAAACCAUGGCUGAAGCUACAUUUGUUUGCCACUUGUGAUGUUGAAAAAUCUUUCUUUAAUGACUGGUUUACUGGUCACCUUAACUUCCAGAUAGAGCAUCAUUUGUUCCCUACUAUGCCAAGACACAACCUCUACAAGAUACAGCCAUUGGUUAAAUCACUGUGUAACAAGCAUGGUAUACCAUUCGAGGUCAAAUCUCUACAAAAGUCAUUUGCUGAUAUUUUGAAGAGCCUGAAGCAUUCAGGGGAGAUAUGGAGCGCUGCAUACAACGCCCAUCACUUAUCAUAGUGAUGAACACAUUGAACAAUUGAAAAUUUCAAUUUUACCUAAUGUUUUUAAAUAUUUGUUAUCUGAUUGAAUACAUAUCAUGUUUCCACUAUUCGCUUACAAGAAUCUGAUAACGCUCCAUUCUACUUUCUGUUUUAAAGACCUUUCGGGAUCCUUGAAUUUUGUCGUAAGGAUGCACGCUUUCAAAAAUUUGGAGUCAGCAAUUUGAUUGGCUGAUAUGAAAAUUGUCAGAAUAAGAGAAAGAAACAAGUGUUUUCAGAUUCUUGAGAGCAAAACUUGGACACAGGAUCUGUAUUUAAAUUAGAUUGUGGACAUUUGUUAUGAAUGAAAUAUAUACUUAACAUCUGCAACUCGACUAAUUAUUAUGAAUCAUGCUAUAUCUUUACGAGUCUCCGAUUUUUUACUUAUACACAUAAAUGCUCUUUUAUGUAUCGAGUGUCAUAAUGUACAGAACAAAUGUGCAAACAUAUCUUACAGCAUUCAGUGUUUAAGCGUGACUUUUGUGAUAUAGACUUUCUUGAAUAUUCAGUAAAAUGUUAGCAAGAUUGAUGAUAGUGAUAGGGUUAUCAAAACCUUCUUGAAGAAAAUAAUCGCUAUCUUUUCACCCAAAGUUUGAAGCGAGUUAACUUUAACAGAUUUUCCAGAAUGUAUUAGUGGGUUGUGUUUAUUAACUUUACCAUUAAAAUCUAUUUCUAGUAUAGAUUGCCUGUUCACCUUUUUUUUGUUAGGUGUCGGAGACAUAGUACUUUACAAUUUUGAAACUAUACACCAUAUUUAUAGCUGUUCAAGUUUUGUUCCAGUUGGUUUUGUGGUUUCAUGUCCGUAGAUUUUCUUAUAAAAUGUUAAAUAACGGAAUAAUGGUCGAAUAAUGACGCCAAGUGAUGUAAUUGCUCAAGAUAACAUUCCGAUUUGGUGGCAACCUCUAUAUGUUUGAAUAUGUUUCUGUUUUACAUCAUCCUUGUUAUACACACCUCAUAGUUAUACACUAUGUUUAUUUACAGGUAAUUUUUCUUGUUCUUUACUAUUUUUAGGAAUAUAUUUGUUAUUACAUUGAUGGGUUUCGUGUUGCUCAGUGUUAGGUUUAAUAUGUAAUGUUUAAAUACUGCUGUUUUACCUUUUGUCGUUUUCGUUUUGGCAAUGGUUUUGUUAUCUCGCGUCGACUAGUGAGUUUUCCGUUUGAUGUCUUCCGCUUUUUUUGUAUUUCAAUGAUACUUGUUUUAAAGAAAAACAGAUCACAUGUCACGUCCUUGACGUCGAAAUAUUUCGGAAAAUAAAACCUUCAACAAAUGAAAAGCUUUCAAUAAUGAAAUUCUCACUACACUAUGGAAUUAAGGUGUAAAAACCAAAUUGCAGAGAUUUACGAUUUAAAAACUUCGUUUAUAAUUAUGUUAUGUAUAAAGGAUAUAAAGAGAUGGGAACAUGGAAUAUCUCAUUUUGGUUUGUUUAAGCUUGACAAGUCUGGUACAGUAAAGUUGCACUU